AUGCGAGUUGAGAUGGAUCCGGCCUCCAUUUUCGAGGAUGCACUUAAAGGUCUUGCAACUAAGGAUUUAGAUGGUGCAGAAAUCGAAGAACCUUCUAACAAUCUGCAUGCUUCAGUUGAUUUCACAAAUGACCAUCUAAAAUCCGGAUCUUAUAAGGUUUUUACUGAUGACCAUCUAAAGUUACCUCUAACAUCAAAUGUACGCAAAGCAUCAGACGAAGUACCCAGUGCUUCUCAGAAUGAUAUUAUACUCAGUGCUCUCAUCAAUGCUGGUAUAGCCCCAGCCUCUCUGAAGUCUCAAGAAACCUCUGUUAAUAUACCUCCAGUUUCAGUUAACUCAAAUCCUAGUGUCAAACUUAAUUCCAAAGGACCUACUAUUUUUAGGGUUGUGCCUUCAGCCAAUGGCAGCAAUUCACCCAUUCAGCAAGCUCAUUCUCCUCGGAUGGCUAGUCAGCUAUUAAAAAAGCCAAGUGAUAAUGGUCUUUUAGUUUCUUCUGGAAUUACACAUCUUCCAAAUAUUAUGCGAAAAAGACCUCCUUCGCUUAUCGAAACUAGUCAACCUAUUUCAAAAGUCAGACGUGUGACAGCUCAUGGUCUCAUGGAUGUCGAACCAAAUCAAAAACAAAUCUCACCAGCCUUUCCAAAAGUAAAUACUGCCCCAAAUAGCCUGAGUAACUGGUAUGAACCCUCAAACAUCGCACGACAAACUUUACCUCCUCAUAAUAUUCGGCUACCUAACCAUGUCCAGCAGACCUCCAGACCAUACCCACUAAUUAAGCGGGAUGAAGACAUGGAUGAAGAUGAAGAUUUAGCUCAAGCGGAAACAUAUGCAGAUUACAUUCCGUCGAAAUUGAAGUAUGGAAGAAAACACCCGGAUCCCGUAGUUGAGUCAAGUUCUCUUUCCAGCGUAUCUCCUCCAGAUAUUCAUUACCGCCUGUGCCUCCCAGAUGAAGUAAUUGAAGGUGCAUGUCUUUCAGCAUUACAACUGGAAGCCGUGGUGUAUGCCUGUCAACGUCAUGAGUGUAUUUUACCUAAUGGUCAACGUGCUGGAUUUUUAAUCGGCGACGGAGCAGGUGUGGGGAAAGGUCGCACAAUUGCCGGAAUACUUUAUGAAAAUUAUUUACGUCAUCGUAAAAAGGCCAUUUGGUUAUCAGUUUCAAACGAUCUCAAGGUCGAUGCUGAACGUGAUCUGCGUGAUAUUGGCUUGGGAAAGAUCAAGGUUCAUUCUUUAAACAAGUUCAAAUAUGCACGUAUUUCGGGUAAAGCUAAUGGUCGUGUAAAGAAAGGUGUUAUUUUCUCUACAUACUCUUCAUUAAUUGGAGAAAGUCAAGGCAGUGCCAAGGCGAAAUACAAAACUCGGUUGAAACAAUUGGUUCAUUGGUGUGGAAAGAAAUUCGAUGGUGUGAUUAUAUUUGAUGAAUGUCAUCGAGCGAAGAAUUUAACGCCUAGUGGAUCUCAAAAACCGACAAAAACAGGUCUUACAGUACUUGAAUUGCAAAACAGAUUACCGAAUGCUCGAAUUGUGUAUGCUAGUGCAACAGGUGCUACUGAACCUCGUAAUAUGGCUUAUAUGACACGUCUAGGUUUAUGGGGAGAAGGUACACCGUUCAAAACUUUCAAUUCAUUUAUUCAAGCCUUGGAACGUCGAGGUGUAGGUGCAAUGGAAUUAGUCGCUAUGGACAUGAAAUUACGUGGAAUGUAUAUUGCACGCCAACUUAGUUUUCAUGGUGUGAAUUUUAAUAUUAAGGAAGUAUUGAUUGAAAAUGUUAAAUUGGGGAAUGAAAGUUUUAUUCAUGUUUAUAAUCAGUCCACUGAUCUGUGGGUAUACGCCUAUCGUUUCUUUACUGAGGCAUCACGUUUGUUAAAUUUAAGUGAUCGUUAUCGUAAAACAAUGUGGGGACAGUUUUGGUCUGCUCAUCAACGAUUCUUUAAAUAUCUUUGUAUUGCUGCAAAAGUGGAUACAUGUGUUGGUAUAGCGAAAACUGCUAUUGAUGAGGGUAAAUGCGUAGUCAUCGGUCUUCAGUCUACUGGUGAGGCCAAAACUCUUGAACAAGUUGAAGAAUAUGGAUCAGAUUUAGGUGAAUUCGUUUCAACUGCCAAGGGGGUAUUCCAGUCAUUGAUUGAGAAGUAUUUCCCAACACCAACAAAUGUGGAUAAUUUUUCCCUUAGAGGAGAUAAAUUAGCCUCUGCUGGUGAUCGCAGCUCUAAUACAACUCUGAGCAGAGCUGGGCGUGCAAUCGCUGCCGGUCAAGUCGCUGGUGGUAGCUUAUCUGGGUCGAAUAUUGAUGGUGAUUUUGAGAAUGGUAAUAAAAAUGAGGAUAAAGGAUCUGACUCGGAUGAUAAUGAGGAUGAACAUUCUGAGGAUUCAGAUGAUGAUGAAGAUUCCGAUUUUAAUAAUGCCGUAAAGGUUAAUGGAGUUAAUCCUUUGGGAGGAAAUUCAUCUUCAUCUGAUUAUUAUGAUUCUGAUCUCGAAUUGAACUUAUCAACUGAAAAUUCUAGUCAUAAGCGGUCAAAAAAGUCGAAUUCUAAAAAGCAAUCUCAAUCUGGUAGGCGUAAACAGAAGCAUGGUCGUGAUGGCAGUUCACCAGACGGUUUAUCAGACGAUUCAGAUGAUGAUUGGGAUCCCGACGCUCUAUUUGACAGUUUUCUGGCUCGCAACAUGACUCUGCACAACUUCACUUCGGAUCAUAGUAGUUCGAAUAAGCGAUCAGAUGGGAAUAAGCAUCUUAGCGAUGAUAUAUGGGGUGAUGAAUUGACGCGUAAAUUAUCACAGCAGUAUCUUAUGGGAAGAGCUACAACCGGAUCCAAUCAGGCGAUGGCCAUCAAUAAUGAAAUGAAAGUCUCACCAGAAGAAGCUAAACGACAGUGCAUUGAGAUGCAAAAUUUACUGUUGCGUUUCAUAGAAAAGCUAGGUGCUAAAUUGCCUCCAAGUUCUCUUGAUGAGUUGAUCGAUAAACUAGGCGGUCCUUCACAAGUUGCCGAAAUGACUGGUAGAAAAGGUCGAAUGGUUAUGGGAGAUGAUGGUCGAGUAUCCUAUGAAUCUCGUCGUGAAACCGAUGUUAAUUUGGAAUUACUUAAUUUAACAGAGAAACAACGUUUCAUGGAUGGCGAAAAACUGAUUGCUAUUAUUUCCGAAGCUGCUAGCAGUGGUAUUUCUCUGCAGGCCGAUCGACGAGCAGUUAAUCAACGUCGUCGUGUUCAUAUUACUCUAGAACUUCCUUGGAGUGCAGAUCGUGCUGUUCAACAAUUUGGUCGUACUCAUCGUUCUAAUCAAGUUAGCGCACCAAAGUACAUCUUUUUGAUUUCGAACUUGGCUGGUGAGCAGCGGUUUGCAUCAACAGUAGCCAAACGUUUAGAGUCAUUAGGUGCUUUAACACAUGGUGAUAGGAGAGCUACAGAAACUCGUGAUUUAUCACAGUUCAAUUUGGAUACUAAACUUGGUCGAGAAGCCUUGGAGUUGGUGUUGCGUGCUUGUAUUUUGGGCGACGAAGGAGUAGUGGAACCUCCAAAUGAUUAUAUUCCUAGUACUGAUUUCGACUCUGCUGGCGAUCGAGAUAAAUUGAGUGCUGAAUCUUUCUUUAACGACGUCAGGGCUAGUUUACAAGGUGUAGGUUUAGCCACUGGUCGAUGUCGUGAGAAAGAUAGUAAUCAAAUGUCAAAGUUUUUGAAUCGUAUUUUGGGCAUUCGUGUUCACAUUCAGAAUGCUUUGUUUCAGUAUUUUUCUGACACACUUGAGGAACUUACCAGGCGUGCUAAACGUGACAAUCGAUUAGACCUUGGUAUUAUGGAUUUAGGUACAACUGGACAGAAUUUAGAAAUAGCAUGGACCAAGAGUUUUGAUACAUGGUUUUUAUCAGAAUCUACUCAGGUGCAUUUACACAAGGUGACUGCCGAACGUGGCUUAACUUGGUCAAUUGCUAUGGAAAUAUACACCCAACAUGAUGGUGUUCAUGAUGGUUUCUACCUACCUUUAACUCCUAGUACCGGGAAAGUUGUUAUACCUGUUCUUGCUGUGUAUGUGAAAUCCCGUGUAACGCGAUCAUCUGGCUCGUCGGAAUCAAAAUUAUAUCGCAUAUACCGACCAAAUACUGGGAUGCAAGCACGAAUGAUAGAAUUAGAGAAACUCCAAGAACGCUACAAGCGUGUUUCUAAUCCAUCUGAUUGUCAAGAGCCCUGGAGUCGAAUAUUCAAAGAAAGCGCUAAAUGCUGCAUUCAUAUUUUGCUUCAUGGGUACUGUUCAUCAAGCAUUCAAAAUCAAACACUAUGUGAAGUUGGUCUGCGAAUGCGGAACUACUACGUUCUUAGUGGGUCAGUAUUAAAUGUGUGGGCACGAAUUGAACCAGUGCUUCAAUUUCGCUCCAACUCUAUGCGUUGUAUGCAAGUUGUACGUCUUAAAUCGAAGGAUGGCAAGCGCAUUAUAGGAUCUCUUAUUCCACAAGAAUGUGUUCAGGAUGUUUUAGCUUGUUUAUCACUACCACCCGAUGCAGAGCAAACGCAACUUCCUGAUGCUAACACAGCUACCAAAUCAAUCUUCCCUCGUACUCACAGUUUUUCUGGUUCACGAAACAAUGAUUUUAUCGUCCCACCUAAUACUGUUUGUGUUCCUUGGCCGAGAGGUCAGCGGCCGUGUUUACGAUCACCUCAGCACUCCAAAAUGUGGAGUGCCCGUUCACCUUCUAUGUUUAAUCAACGCGGCAGUACUAUGAUUAGACAUGUGUCACGAUUUCCUACGUCCAGUCGAAACUUUUCUGGUCCCACUCAGCAAACUGGUUUUAUGCACACUUCACAGGUUUCUUCACUCACAAGAGGAUCUGAUAUCGGGCCUGUUCGUUUGAAUUCUCACCUAAGAACAGGUAGCAGAUUGAAUGCAGCCCUUUCAUUGCCAUUAUCAUCUGAUAAUUUUAAUACUCAAGAUCGGAAUUCGCAUACUACCAACAGUCAAUUUACGAUACCUCGGUGUGAACCUUCAGUCAAUCAUUCAAAUGACUUAUCUGUGUUAUCUUCUUCAACCAUUGGUACAUCGAUUCCUUCCAAUCCUUUAGGAGAUACAGCUAACAGCAUAAAACGCGGAUCGAAUAAAGUAACACGUUUCAAGAUCAAAUGGAAAGAAGGGUAA